AUGCCCACCGACACCGACAGUACCGACCCCCAAUCCCACGCCCACACAGCCUCCCUCACCUCCCCAUCCACCUUCUGGCACACCCACGCCCAGCAACUCCACUGGUCCACGCCCUACACCACGCCGCUGCACCACGACGCCGCCACCGCGGGCUGGACCUGGUUCCCCGGCGGCACAAUCUCGGCCACGUACAACCUCGUCACGCGGCACGUGCUUGCGGGCAAUGGCGCGCGCACGGCCAUCAUCUGGGACUCGCCCGUGACGGGGAUGAAGCGGCGCAUCACGUAUGGCGAGCUGCAGGAGGAGGUGGAGGUGCUGGCGGAGGUGCUGCGGCAGAGGGGCGUGGGGAGGGGGGAUCGGGUGUUGGUUUAUAUGCCCAUGAUCCCCGAAUGCCAGAUCGCCCUCCUGGCAAUAACGCACCUCGGCGCCGUCCACACCGUCGUCUUUGGCGGCUUCGCGCCCGCCGAGUGCAGCAAGCGCAUCGACUCGGCCGAGCCCAAGCUCGUCCUCACGGCCUCGUGCGGCAUCGAGGGCGGCGCGGGCGGGAAGAGAAGGGUCACUCCUUAUCUACCUUUGGUGAGAGAAGCAAUCGACAAGAGCGCGCACAAGCCGCAAGCCACGCUGCUGUGGCAGCGCGAGGAGAUGUACCAGGCGCUGGACAAGGGCCGCGGCGAGCUGGGGUGGAACAAGCUUGUGCGGUCUGAGCGGGUGCGGAGGGGGAUGACGGGCGUGGGGAGGGUGGAGGGUGAGCAGGGGGCGGUGAAGCGGGUCAAGAUCCCCGGCGGGGGCGGGUGUGUGGAGGUUGGAGAGGCGUUUCCGAGUGAGGACCCACAGUAUAUCAUCUAUACCAGUGGCACCACCGGCAAACCCAAGGGCGUGAUCCGCACCCUCGGCGGGCACCUCGUGGGUCUCUCCUACACCGCCAAAACACUCUUCAACCUCACGCCCUCCUCCACCAUCUUCUGCGCCUCCGACCUCGGCUGGGUCGUCGGCCACUCCUACAUCCACUACUCGCCGCUCCUCCUCGGCGCCACCACCAUCCUCUUCGAGGGCAAGCCCAUCGGCACCCCCGACGCAUCAACCUUCUGGCGCAUCGUCGAGGACUACAAAGUCGACGUCCUCUCCACUGCGCCCACCGCGCUGCGCGCAAUCCACCGCGAGGACCCCGAGCUUCGCGGCCUCGCAGCCCACGACACGUCCUCGCUGAAAGCCCUCUUCCUCGCCGGCGAGCGCAGCGAGGCCGGCAUCGUCGACCUGUUCCAGAGGCGCCUGUGGGGCGGGUACGACGGGUCCGGGACGAUCGUGGACAACUGGUGGAGCAGCGAGUCUGGCUCGCCCAUGACGGGUGUGUGUCUUGGGCUGUACCCGCGGCCCCCACGUAUCAAGCCUGGGUCCGCGGGGCGGCCGCUGCCCGGCUGGGACAUCCGCAUUGUCGACGACUCGGGCAAACGCAUCACUGAGGCAGGCAAGAUGGGGAACAUCGUUUUGGGCCUACCACUCGCGCCGACAGGAUUCCGGAGCCUGUGGGCAGACGAGGAGGGGGCGCUGUACACAAAGGCGUACAAGCAGCGGUUUGGCGCCGACCUGCUGGAUACCGGCGACGCGGGGUACAUCGACGCCGACGGAUUCGUCAACGUCAUGAGCCGCACGGACGACGUGAUCAAUGUCGCCGCGCACCGCUUCUCCACCGGCGCAAUGGAGGGCGUGGUGCUCGGGCACGCGGGCAUCGGCGAGGCCUACGUGGUCCCGUGUCCAGACAGCUUGAAGGGGCACGUGCCCUUCGGGUUCCUCGUUCUCGAGGCUGCGCUGCAGGACGUCGACGAGGGCGUUCUGCUGAAAGAGGUGAACGAGCUCGUGCGGCGCGAGAUUGGGCCUAUUGCGGUGCUGGGCGGGAUUGUGGUGUUGACGAAGGUGCCGCGGACAAGGAGCGGGAAGACGCUGCGGAGGGUGAUGCGGGAGGUGCUGGAGGGCGUGGUGGCGGGCGGGGAUGGGAGGGGCGUGGAGGUGCCGGCGACGAUUGAUGAUGUGACGAGUGUGGAGAGCGUCAGGGCCGCCGUGGUGCGGUGGUGGAAGGAGAGGGGCGGGGUGGUGAAGGCGAAGAUGUAG